AUGUCCAGUUGCUCAAAGGACCACAACUGUGACCCAUGUUUGACCAUCGGUCAGCAUAUCAAAGCUCAUGGAUUUUGUGUGAACUGUCAGGAAUAUUUGUGCAAAAACUGCUUUGAAUGUCACCAGAGGACAGAGGCCUCGAGAGAUCACCAACUUACUGACAACAGUGAUAUAGACAAUCAAUCAAUUUUGGGUCGAGCUUCAAACGAGUGCACUGAAAAGUGUCAUGUGCAUCAGAAAGAAGUUAUAAAAUACUUCUGUAAGAAUCAUGAAGUACUUGGCUGUACAGACUGCAUGACAUGUGACCUUGACUACAUGCCUGAUAAAUGUGCAGGCAUUUGGAAAAGUGAUGUAUGCAGACAGGUUAUGAGAGAAUUAGAUCGGAAGGUGAAAGAAGCAGAGGAUAUUAUUCAACAGGCAAACAUUGAAAGCAGUCAUUGCGAUUCUUCCCAUGAAAACGCCGCAAAAGAAAUAAUUAAAUUCAGAAAAGAGAUAGAUGAUCAGUUGGACGAAAAACAGAAGAAAAUGCAACUUCUUGCUGAUGAAAGGAAGUCUACCGAUAAGCAAAAAAUACAGAGGGAUUACACGGCUGCAAAACAGGAUGCCCAACUUUAUAUCACCAUAAAGCGUGCCAACUCCAAGCUAAGCUCAAACGAAAUUAAAGAUGUUAAAGAGGCUUUAGAAGAUACAAUUGUCAGCUAUGUGUUUGAGCGCAGCAAAGAUAUACAGAACAUGCUGUCGGGAUUAGAUGACUUUGGGACCCUUAACUCCCAAAGCGCUGGUUUACCGGCAAAAAAUGCACCAUUUGACGGACUGACCUUUUCUCGGAAUAUUAAAACAAAACCAAGUAGUUAUAUCUCGGGAUGUGCUGUUCUGGCCAGAAAAAAAGUUUUACAGGCAGAUUACUGCAAUUGUACGUUUAUUGUCGUGGACACAGAAAGCAAAGUAAUAACAGAGGAAAAAUCAUCUGACAAUAAACCAUGGGACAUUGCCGUACUACCUCAAGACCAGGUUGCUGUAACAAUGCCAGAUAGGCAGGAGAUCCUUAUACUGUCAGCAGCUGGUAAGCGGUCAACUAUCCGCAAGAUUCAAGUUACAGGAAUCUGUUACGGUAUAACGUAUGGUAAUUGCCAUCUUUACGUUGUUUGCCGUAAUCCCAGCAGCGUACUUUCAAUGGAUGUUCAAGGAAAUGAUCAGAGGAAUAUUUUACCAAAUAGUGAAAGGUAUAAAACUCUACGUUAUUGUAUGCUAAGUGAUGAUUCAAGUACAAUCUAUAUCAGUGAAUAUACUUCUCACUCAGUACUAAGAUUAACAGUAAAGGGCGAAAUAUUGUCCAUAUUCAAGCAUGACGAUUUGCAAUAUCCAGAGGGAAUGGUAAUAUUAGAUGAUGGGUCAUUGCUGGUAUGCAGCUAUGGCAACGGCACAAUUCUACAUAUUUCCGGGGACUUGAAACAGUGUCAGAAGGUAGCUAGCGUAGAAAAACCUCAAUCUAUAUGUUACAAUCAUCAUCAACACGAGAUAUAUGUCUGUACCUGGAGCUGUGGGCUGCUGGCAGUUUUAAGUCUGAAAUAA